AUGGAUUCUACCGCUAUUGAUGCUCAUUCAAUCACAAGUGAACAAAGUGUCGCCUCCUCUUCCUCCUCGGCGCUGCACGCCGCCGUAUUAACGGCUGUUAAGCGCGAACGCUCACCAACACCCGUUUCGAUCGGCAAGGCAAUGAACACCAUUUCAGUGGCAACCAAUCUCACAAACAAUAAUCACAAUAACAACAACAACAACAACAAUAACAAUAGUCCACGUCACAACAAACUGAGUCCCAGUUAUCAUCACAAUAAUAACAAUAACAACAGCAUCCUGUUGGCGCACGGCAUGAAUCCGACAGCGCUGCUGAUGCAUCAUCAGCAACAGCAGCAGCAGCAACAACAGCAACAACACCAGCACCAACAGCAGCAGAAUGGCACACGUGAUGGGAAUAGCAGUCGCGGCGGUAGCGGUCCCGGUGGCAGUGGCGGUGGUUCAUUAAGCGGUAGCAUUGGUGAUGAACGCCCCUCCAACGGACGCCUUUCGCAUACCGGUCGUGGCUCCAGUUGUUCGCCAGCCAGUUCACCCACACGCCAUCCCAACGCCGUCAGUCCGGUGACAUCGCUCAAUCAUACGAUGAUGCAACAAAUGCAACAACAGCAUCACCAACUUAGUCCACCACCACAUGUGACGGGCGUGCCCACGCCCAAUGGACUACCCGCCGGUUUGCCUCCGCGUAUGCCGCACGGCCUACCACCACAUUCGCUGGGUUUGCUCAAUUCACUACAAAUGAUGCAUCACGCCUCGCCACUAGAAUUGAUGGCCGCUGCACAUCAUCAUGUACCGCCGCGCUCCUACAAUAGUCCGCCACCGAUUUCCACCUCAGAUCCCAGCGCCAACGAAUGCAAGCUGGUGGAGUAUCGUGGGCAGAAGGUGGCCGCUUUCAUAAUUAGCGGUGAUACGAUGCUUUGUCUGCCACAGGCGUUUGAACUUUUCCUUAAGCAUUUGGUGGGCGGCUUGCAUACAGUUUAUACGAAGCUGAAGCGGCUCGAUAUUGUGCCGCUGGUAUGCAACGUGGAACAGGUGCGGAUAUUGCGAGGACUGGGCGCCAUACAGCCGGGCGUCAAUCGGUGCAAGCUGCUCUCCUGCAAGGACUUUGAUGUGCUGUAUAGGGACUGCACGACUGCCAGAUGCUUAUCGAUCAAGCCACCUGAGAGUAACUCUCUGCAAUUCCGCAGUUCCAGACCGGGUCGACCGCCGAAACGUGGCCCCGUCGGUUUAUCGCUGCCUCCCUCACAUUUGUCACAACAUCCGCAAUUGAAGAAGCAUCGUUUGGAUAAUGGUGACUACGCUUACGAGAACGGUCAUAUUGGUGACCUUAAUCGCUUGGAAAAAUCGCCACUUCUUGCCAACGGCUACAAUCCCCCGCCCAUCAAUCACAUGGCAUUCAUGCAAAUGAAUCACCAUCCUGGCACAGCGUUGAUGUCCCCCGGCAUGCCGCCGCACGGCCUGCACGCUCGACCCGACAGCCAAAUGUUGAAAGCUGCCGCACAGGGUGGUAUGUCCGCGGCGAAUAUGGAUGCGUUGGCGCGAUCCGGUAUUUGGGAGAAUUGUCGUGCGGCCUAUGAGGACAUAGUGAAGCACUUGGAACGCCUUCGCGAGGAACGCACCGAUGAACGUCAGCAAAUGAAUAGCGGCGGUGGCAGUGAGCCAAAGAUACGCGAUUUAAGUUCACGAAAUUCUGGCUCCCCGAACCGCCAAAGCCCCGUACUGAAUCUCUCCAAGUCCGGCGGCAAUACGGAUCAAGGCAGCAAUUGUGAUGACCGCAGUGAACGUAGCGAAAUGCAUUCGCCGGUACACUCGGUGCGCGAGGGCAGCGUCGGAGGUGGCAGUCAGGGUGUGAUUGGCGUGGAGGACGACGAUGACGAAAAUCUGAGUGAUGAUAAUGCGUCAGAAGUCGAUGAACGCUGCGCCAAAGAUGACGAAGACUUGAGUGAUACUGAGCGUGAUAAUAUAACGUCGACGGCGUCGUCACAACGUCAUCCACUUCAUCAUCACCACCACCACCACCACCAGCUGCAUCAUGGCGCCAGCAAUGCAGUAGGCAUAGGCGAACGUGGCGUACCAGGCGGGCCAGGUGGCGGUGUUGGUGUCGGCGGCCUUGGUGUUACCGCUGCCGCUGUCGCUGCCGUCGGUCUUAACGAACGCGACGUUGUUAACUCGCAUGCGACACUACAACAGUCUCCCGUUUCCACACAUAAUGCUGCUGCCGUCGCAGCGCUGCAACAUCAUCAUCAACGCGCACUCAACUAUUCACAGCUAGCUGCGGCGGCUGCCGUCGCUGGCGGUGCGGCUGGUGGGCCAGGUGCGAAUGCUGCGCUCACUAACGGCCCUGGAUCGGGUGGUGCACUCGCCGGCACUGAAGCUUUGCUGGCUGCCAACGAUGCCACCGCAGCUGCAGCAUUGGCUGGCGGAUUGGCGCUUGGGCCACUUGCCAUGGAUCCGCAUGGUGCACCCUCUUCCACGGAGACGCUGCUGCGCAAUAUACAAAGUUUACUGAAGGUGGCUGCGGACAAUGCGCGUCAACAGGAACGACAAAUCAGCUACGAAAAAGCGGAGCUUAAGAUGGACGUUUUGCGCGAACGCGAAGUCAAAGAUUCAUUAGAUCGGCAAUUAGCUGAUGAACGGAAACUCAGAGUUUUGUAUCAGAAGCGCUACCGUCGUGAACGUAAAAUGCGCAUUCGCUACCAACAGCAGCUGGACAGUGGCAAACGAAAAUUGACACACCCAUCAAAUGCGGGUAGUAGUAGUGGUAGCAACGGCAGUAGCGGCGGUGGCGGUUGCAGUGCGGCUGGGCCAAAUGCCAACGAAGAGGGCCGCAGCAGUGUUGGCAGAGAAUGCAAGAGCAAUAGCGGCGAAACAACAGCGCGUAAAACUGAACCAGAUAAUGUUUGCAAAUCGAGCGAAAAGUCUGAGAAAUCGUUGAAUUCCAAUGAUGGCUGCUCGCUAUCACAACCAUCCCAAAAUACCCAGCAGCAACAGCAGCAGCAGCAGCAGCAACAGCAACCACAACAGCCACUGCAACAACAACAACAUCAUCAAUCACAAUCUCAAUCAUUGUCACUACAUCAUCAGCAACAACAUCAACAUCACUUGCGGCAACGUUCGGAAAGUCCCAGUUUCAAGCGUGAACCCCACUCGGAUCGUGAUAGCCCGCUUGGUCGCCGCAGUGCCGAUCGUUUGGAACGCUGUGAUCGUGAACACACCGAACGUGAGUCGCGUGAGCAUUGCGAGCGCUCAGAACGUGAUUGUAGCGACGCAUCUGCCAUGGAACGUUCAUUGAGUAUGCCACCUACUUCGCAGGGCGAAGGCAAUCUGGCAGCGGCGGCAGCUGCAGCUGCUGCAGCGGCUGCGGCUAGCGGUGGAAAGGUACCAUGGAACUAUCCGGGCAUCGAUUUGAUGGCCACUGGCGCUUUUUGGCAGAACUAUUCUGAGUCUUUGGCGCAAGAAAUUGAAUUGGAGCGCAAGUCGCGCGCCGCCAAUGCCGAACGCGAUGUAAAGAGUCCACUCACUGAUCGUCCGCCAGCAUACUACAAGAAUUCGGUGCUAUUCGGCAGCGCCAAUUAAACAGCAUAACAAAGUGAGUACUCCAUGAGACGCAUGGCGAAGUAGUUGUUCUACCGACGGCAACAUAUUUUUCUUUUAUCAAAUGAAAAUCAAAUGAAACAAGAAUUUCGGUAAAAAGAAAGCGAAAAAAUGGAAAUUGAGAAAGUUUAAAAAGAUUAAACAAUUUCUUAGCAAUGAUCUCAAAGUGCAAUCACUGAAAAAGUGAAAAAUGAAUAAAGGGCGAAAUAGCGGGUGAGAAGAAAAUUAUAACUGGAAAAAUUGUUAAAAAUAAAAAAAGGUGGCAGCUGCUUCAAAAAUCGCAUAGCAGCACUCAGUAUACGAAAUGAGGGUGGCAGAAGUGCUUACAAACGUACAUAAAUAAAUAUGAGAGAAUAAAAAUAUUAGGAAUUUUUAACAGCAUUUACGAGCAAACAAAAAAGGAGUAGCAAUUAAAAGUACUUACUAAACUAGUUACCAGUGCAUUGCUUGCGCAAGUAGUGCAUGUGUAUAUAGUCAAAGCCAAUGCCGAGGAGCGUUUUUAAUAUGUAGGUAUUUAUUUUUAGUUUUUGCGAAAAUAAAAGCUUAGCGAAUUUUUUCUUCGGUUUAAAAAAAAAAAUACAUCUACUAAAAUAUGGAUUAAAUUAGAAACUACCUACAAGUACUAGUAACUGUAAAUGUGUAAGCACAUAGAAAUGUGUUAAAAAAUAAGUAUGCAAGUAUUUAGUGCGUAAACAAUAUUUGUUCAGUCGUUUUUGAAAAGCGCUUUACGUAAAAACGGAAGGAAAUUUAAAAUGGUCAUACACCUAAAUUGUACUUAUUACUAGGUAAUUAGUUUCCUAAGCCAGUAAGAACAGCUUUUUUGUAGUAAGUAGGGUAGGUUACCUUUUAACUAUC